UCUCCUCCAUCCUCUGACUCUUUUUCUUAAGAGACCCGAAGGAGGCCCAGGUAGGAGCUUCUCCGUGCCUCUUUCUCUCUUACGGAGGCGGGGAGAUGUAAUAGCUUGGCCUGCUGCCAACGGAUCACGUGGCCCAACUUGUCCCCUUUGUAUCUGCAGCAACAGGGCAGGUUGCACCGCUGUUAUGAGGUAAUACUGAAAGAUUAUGUCCACUAUGGUGUACCCCAGGGAAGAGAAAAUGGACAAGCUAACCCAAGAAGAGAUUAUUUCCAACACUAAACUGGUGAUGCAAGGGCUGGAGGCCCUUAAAAAUGAGCAUAACUCGAUCUUGCACAGCCUACUGGAGACUAUCAAGUGUCUGAAGAAGGAUGAAGAAGCCAAUCUAGUACACGAGAAAGCCAACCUGCUGCGCAAAUCAGUGGAAAUGAUUGAGUUGGGACUUGGAGAAGCUCAGGUCAUGAUGGCUCUGUCAAACCACCUGAAUGCUGUGGAGUCCGAAAAGCAGAAAUUGCGGGCCCAGGUGCGCAGGCUAUGCCAGGAGAAUCAGUGGCUACGAGAUGAACUAGCAAACACUCAGCAGAAGUUGCAGCGCAGUGAACAAACUGUGGCACAGCUUGAAGAAGAAAAAAAACACUUGGAAUUCAUGAACCAGCUGAAGAAAUAUGAUGAAGAUGUAUCCCCAACGGAGGAGAAGGAAGGUGAUUCCACAAAGGAUUCUUUGGAUGACUUGUUUCCAAAUGAGGAAGAGGAUCAGGGGCCAGGGUUGCCUCAUCAACACAGCAGUGCUGUAGCAGCUGCUCAGCAAGGUGGUUAUGAGAUCCCAGCACGCUUGCGUACACUACAUAAUCUGGUGAUCCAGUAUGCAUCACAGGGACGUUACGAGGUGGCUGUGCCUCUUUGCAAGCAGGCCCUGGAGGACUUGGAGAAGACUUCAGGACACGAUCACCCUGAUGUGGCCACCAUGCUCAACAUCUUGGCCUUAGUAUAUAGGGAUCAAAAUAAAUAUAAAGAAGCAGCUCACCUGUUAAAUGAUGCAUUGUCUAUUAGAGAGAAAACUCUUGGCAAAGAUCACCCUGCAGUUGCUGCAACCCUAAACAAUCUAGCUGUUCUGUAUGGCAAAAGAGGGAAAUACAAGGAGGCAGAACCAUUAUGCAAGAGGGCACUGGAAAUCCGGGAAAAGGUUCUUGGCAAAGAUCACCCAGAUGUGGCCAAACAGUUAAAUAACUUGGCUUUACUAUGCCAGAAUCAGGGCAAGUAUGAAGAAGUAGAAUAUUACUAUCGCCGAGCACUGGAGAUCUACGAAUCCCGCCUAGGGCCUGAUGAUCCAAAUGUUGCUAAAACAAAGAACAAUCUGGCUUCUUGCUACCUGAAACAAGCCAAAUACAAGGAUGCCGAGACCCUCUACAAGGAAAUUCUCACCCGUGCCCAUGUGAAAGAAUUUGGCACUGUUGAUGAUGAACACAAGCCUAUAUGGAUGCAUGCAGAAGAAAGGGAGAAAAUGAGCAAGAGUAAACAUGGAGAAAACAUCUCCUAUGCAGAGUAUGGUGGCUGGUACAAGGCCUGCAAGGUCAGCAGCCCUACAGUGAAUACCACUCUGCGGAACCUGGGUGCGUUAUACAGGCGUCAGGGCAAACUGGAGGCUGCAGAAACUUUAGAAGAGUGUGCACUGCGUUCUAGAAGACAGGGUAUUGACCCCAUUAACCAGACUAAAGUGGUGGAAAUUCUCAAAGAGGGCGAUGGCUCUGAGAGGAGGAGGAGCCGAGACAGCCUGGUGGCCAGCAUCAAAUAUGAGAAUACCACAGAUGGUAAUGAGGAAGCUUAAGUGCCUCCUGAGACCUCCCCCCUCCCUUCCAACACAAUCAUCUGGAUGCUUGUGCAGCUUCUUUCGACUUUUUCUUCCAAACCAUUCCCCUCCUUCCACUGUUCCUGCUUUCCGCGUCAAGGACUCCACACCCGUCCCAAACCAACCUUCCAUCCAAAGUCAGCACCAAGGAACACAGCAGAAGAAUAUUCAACUGGCUGCACACGGCUCUACUACAGCAUCAAUCAGCAAGAGAACAGGAAGAAACUCUACGAGGUGGCCUCUCCCCACUUCCUUUGUCCACCAAACAGAACUUUUCCAGGAUUCUCUGUGGCUUCCUUUGUUCUCUUUCCUGUACCUUAAUCAGGGGGGAAGAGGUUGAUGUUUGAGAAUGACCUUGUUCCCUACUCUGGGGACACUACAUUCACAUUUGCCCAUUUUCCUAUAACUUGCCUUUCGAUUUUGCUGCUUUCAUUUGAACAAUAUGCCCCUUCCUGAUCUUUCAGUGCUGCUUCCCUUUUCUUCCUCUUGCUUCCAUGGCACAAAGUACAGAAUUAAGAGAUAGAAACAAAUACUCUAAUAUCUCUCCCCAUCCCAUCUUUAAAUUGUAGAUAAGGAUAAAUGGGCUGAAUAAAUCAUGCUCUUAAUUGAUGGUAAAAUGGUUUGAAUGCCCAUUGCUGCUAUUGUACAAGCCUGGUUUCUACCUUCAGCAGUGUUUAAGUCCAGAGACCCUUAAAGAAAGAUAAUAAACAGUUCAUCUGUAUUCUCUAGUAUCUGAGGCCCUUUAGCUUCAAGAUGUGAAAAGAGACAAAAGCUUGUGCUGUGCCUUCUCUAAAAUCUUGCUUUCACAGAAAUGAAAAUAAUAUAAACAAAGGCAUUAGAAAUGGAAAGACAACAACAGCAGACGGUGGCAUUCAGAGAGCUAACAUUAAGUCUUUGACUGAUUAAUCCCAGUCUGCACUUGCUUUGCCUGUUACACUUCAGAAUGCUAGCAUUUCACAAGAAAAGGCUUUUCUAAUAUCACAACCUUGGGAAUAUUUUUUUCUCCCACAGUUCCUUUCUCAUAGUAGGAAUAGUAAUUGCUGAAAAAGAUGGCCAGACUGUCACUUUUUCCUUACUCUUCUGCCCACAGAGCAAGAGGGGUGGGAUAGUUGAUGGAGUUUCAUCUCCAAAUUAAUUCUCAUUAAUGUAAAUUUUUAACAAUGCAUUGCAUGUGGUCCCAGCCAAAUGCCACAAAGCAAGCCCGUCAUAGAAGAUUGGUGUGUUAAAUGGUAAUGUAGCCUAUAGCUGCUGCUUAUUUAUAAGCAUGUCAAGUGAGCAGAAAAGAAAGUAGCAAUUUGCACGUCUUGUAAGAGAAUGAUGAGCAAGGAAUCUUGCAUGCAAGAAGAAGGAGCAGAGACAAUAGAAGGCAGAUGUUUUAAAGUGGGAAUAGGUUGUCCCACUGAGAUUGAGCUCUGGAGGAAUUUUACAGACGAAGAAAGGCUCUGGUAGAAAUGGAUUUUCAGUAGACAGUGCCUUCCUGUUUGUAUUUUCUUACAAAUAAAUCAACUACAUUUAAUUCUGUUUCCUCCCAGGUCUGGGAUUAUCAUCCUGGUAGAAGUUGUCCUUGAAUGAGCAUGUUGCCAUAGAGUGAGUUAAGACAGGUGUUCUGGGCAGGAAAAAAAGGCUGAUUCCCUCAGGAAUUAGGCUAUAAUAUUUUUAUAGGGUGGAGAUAUGACUCCAAAAUACAAACAGGAUGCAUUGAUCUAAAAUUGUUGAGAAAGGGAGAAAAAAAAACCCUGAUAAUAUUCUAAUCGGAACAAAGUAGUGACAUGUUUUAUAUAGCAAAAUAGGAAAGCAACCAUUUUAGAGAUCUGGGGAUAUAUUGAAAGAAGCCUUUUCUUUCACCCAGAGAAAAGUGGAUGUUACGAUUUUUAGGCUAUGGAUCUAGUUUUUAAGAUAGUGAGGUUUUUUUAAUAUUUACACUGGUGCUAAAUAUGGGGGUGGGGUUUCAUUUCUGACAGGAUAGCUUGAUGCUUUAAUCCAUCACCAGGACAAGCAUAUGUGAGGGAAGACUUUUUUCAGCCUAUCUGCUGAUCAUACCAUAGUUUUAGGCUGUAUGCAUGUGAUGGGGAGGGGGUUAAUGUAGGUUAAUAUAGUUGUGAAUACAGCUGGUUUCUGAAAGUAAGAAAAGAUUAGCUGAGUUUACAAAUUAGGCUAGGCAUUAGAUAAGAAAAAGUUUUUGAAGCUGUGAGUGCUGGAAAAUGGAACUGAAUAAUAAAAGUAUGGCAUGAUGAUUUUGUGUGGCUUUUUGAAGUACCCACUGCCUGCCUCUUGCUGGAGGAGCAACAAACCAGACUAUUCAUUCAACCCAGGAGGGUUGUACUCAGGUGGAGUUUUGCCCCAGGCAAUUUGAAAUAUUUUUUAUGCAACUCCUUUGGGAAGUUUUGUGGAGCUGUGAUGAAACCUUUGCUUUUGGCUAUGUCCUUCAGGAAAGAAUGUUCAAGUAUACCUGAAUCAGAGCAGCUUCUCUCUUGCCCUAUGGCUGAGGUGGGCAAUAUUUGUGAUCUGUUACUGAAAAUCCUCCCCCACUUUCAUUGGCUGUUAUGACUCUGCCUUGCCCAAGAAGGAAAAGUGUCAGAGGAUCCAAGGAAGAAGCCCCCGGAGGUGAAUCCACACGCUGCUCUUGCAUCUUCCUCAUAAAAUACGACCAGCUCUCUCAUUCCCGCACGACUUUCUAUGUUGAAAUGGCCUAUCUGCAAGUCUUUUUAUCGCACUGUCUAGAAGGGGCUGAAAUUCUGUGUUCUACACUCUGCCUUUGAGACCUACAUGGUACUUUCCUUGUCGCUGUGAACUCAUUUACCUCUGAUUAAAGGCAGAAGGACCUGAAUCUUUGCUUCCUUGUGCCUCUUUUUCAUAUGCUGUCUUUGUUUUUGUUUUUUAAACCAAUUUAUUUUCAUCAAACACAAAUAUUUACAUUAGUAUACACUACAAAUCAUCUGGGUGUUUUCCUUUUUGGUUCACUAGAAAAUCAGAAAACAGGUGUGCAUGUGUGUUUGUAGUUAAAAUAUGAAUGCUUUGUAUGGCAAUGGUGCAGAGAUGAAACGCCCUUAGAAGAAAGUCAUUGUUUAUAUAGAGUAGCUUAAAUUUUAGUAACUCUAAACUGAAAGGAAACACAGAAAGUUUAAAAAGAUGUGUCUUGAAAGCUGUGUCUGUGAAGGAAGUUUUUAGGGUCUGGGAUUCUAGUCUUCUAGGAGAAAAUGCUGCUAAACAGCCCUUUAAGAGACAAUAACAUAAAUCACGUCCCUUUUUCUACAUAUCCAUUUUGCCUUCCUAAAGUCCAGAUAUGUUGGACUUUGAGUUCCCAGAUACUUAGGUAAUCGGUGAUUCUGCUUGCUACGGCUUGUGGAAGUUUAUAUCCAAUACAUUUGGAGGGUAUCAGAAUCGGAAAGUUGAUUACAUUGUAUCUCCAAAUUUCUUGUUCUGCUUCUUCCCUCAGCAAACCAAAUCUUAGCAAUAAUGCACAGGCUAAUGUUUAUUUUCUCCUAGCUGUGUAAUUGAAAUGCAUUUAUAAUUGGGAAAUUAUGUAAAACUACAACUGCACACCUAAUGUUUAUAAUUAAGAGAUUUGUAUGUAAAAGCCAGAUGCAUCUUUUUCUUGCAAAAUGUCUAAUUCCUUCUAAAAUGUAAAGUGCAGUUUUCUACAAACCUAAGAUGUGUAACAGUCAACUUAAACACAAGUGGUGGAAAACUAGAACAAGUAGAUGAACUUUUACACUUUGUUAUACUUGUUAUUAAGAUGGAAAAAUAAGUGGAGAAAUUUUAAGACAUGUAAAUACAUUUAGAAGAGUAGUAGAUAGUGUGUACUUUGUUUCAAGGAAUGAAGGUUUGCUGAAAGGAGCAAAAAGAAUUGUGUAUAACAAUGUGUUUCUGCCCACUUCAUUAUAUGGAAGUGAGUUAGGUAUCCUGGAGAAACCUAUGAGUUGAUUAUAGUGGAAAUAGUUGUACUUUUACAGCUGUCUGCUGUAAAACAAGAAAAGUCAAUGAAUGUGAAGGGAUGUGGAUUCCCUUUCUAACAGUGAGUAAUCAGUAUGAAAAUAGUAUAUUGAGAUAGUUCAGUAGUUCAUGUGGAAAAUGAGUAUUGAGUUACAAAUCAAUGGGAAGGAAGUGGGCUAAGAAAAAUGGGAGGUAGUCCAAGGAAUUAGUGAUUGUAUGGAGUUGUUAAUUUUUUUAAGCGCCACCAAGCUCCAGAAUGAUCUGAGAUCUUGAAAAAGGGAGAGAUGAGAAUUUUAAUGAAUAAAAAGCAGUGCAGGAAUUGGUUAUUGAUGUGAUAGAAGCAAGGACUGUUUGCAAGGAUAGAACAAUAUGGAAAAGCAUAGUGGAUGCUGGUUGUAUAAACAAGUUUGAAUUGUUUAAUUUUCUAAUUUUUGCUUUGGCAUCCUAUUUCUUACUCCUUUUCUGCUAUCUACAUGACGUUGCUUACUCUAAAAGGAAUAGUGGAACUGGUUUGUCUGAUGUAUUUAUGUAUGCAUAGUCUUAUUUAUUAAAUGGUAACUAUAGCAGUCACCAGUAGAACUAAUAUAACUUUUAAGGUUGGUUGUAGGAGUCUGUUGAAAUAAAUUCAAGCAGUCACCUAAUUGUAUGAGAGAAAUUUUAAGCAUUUAUCUAAUGGUAUCA